AUGGCGCAGCCGUGGGACUACAUAGCGAAGAUCGUAUCGUUAGGCGAUUCAGGAUGUGGUAAAUCGAGUCUAACAGUCCGCCUCUGCGAAGGCCGCUUCUCACCACACCACGACGUAACUAUCGGCGUAGAGUUCGGAUCGCGCAUCGUCCCUGUCGGCCCACCAGCGUCGCAUUCCCUGAGCAUCAACAACCCCUCCAAAUCCUCACAAGCACAAGCGCCUGUAUCGCCGUCGAAACAAAAGCAGGAGCAGAAGCACAUGAAGCUUUCGCUAUGGGAUACAGCAGGCCAGGAGACGUACAAGAGCAUCACCAGAAGUUAUUUCCGGGGCGCAUCGGGCGCGCUGCUAGUUUUCGAUAUAUCGCGGAAGAACACGUUCCUCUCCGCCACGUCAUGGUUGCACGACUUGCGGCAAAUCGCCGAGGAAGGCAUCGUCGUGGUGCUCGUGGGCAACAAGUCUGAUCUCGCGGGGUCGUCUACCGUAACUGAUUCGGACGCCGCGAACAAGCGACAAGUCACAAAAGAAGAGGCUGAGGAGUGGUGUAAAGCGAAUGGCGUCAUGCAGUACGUCGAGACGAGCGCCAAGAGCGGGGAGGGUGUGGAACAAGCCUUUUUGGAAGUCGCAGAGCGGAUCUACCAAAAUAUAGAAGCCGGGAAGUAUGACCUGAACGAUCGAAGGAGUGGAGUCAAGGGGCCGGGAGGCGGAGCGAAUAGGGCAGGCGUCAAUCUGAAUGACGCGAGUAAAAAGGGAAAGCAACAGGGCUGGGGCGGGUGCUGCUAA